AUGGAAGCGUCUGCGAAGAAGAAAAUCGCCGUCAUGACCUCGGGGGGUGACUCCCCCGGCAUGAACGCCGUCGUCCGGGCCGUCGUCCGCACCGCCAUCCACAUGGGCUGCGACGCCUACUGCAUCUACGAAGGCUACGAGGGCCUAGUCCAGGGCGGCAACCUGAUCCGCCAGAUGGGCUGGUCCCAGGUCCGCGGCUACCUCUCCGAGGGCGGCACCCUGAUUGGCACCGCCCGCUGCAUGGCCUUUUACGAGCGCCCCGGCCGCCUCCGGGCCGCCAAGAACAUGGUGCUCAACGGCAUCGACGCCCUCAUCAUCUGCGGUGGUGACGGCUCCCUCACCGGUGCCGACCGGUUCCGCACCGAGUGGCCCUCGCUGCUCGCGGAACUCGUCUCGACCGGCGAGCUGACCGCCACCCAAGUCCAACCCUACAAGCAUCUCAACAUUGUCGGCCUCGUAGGCUCCAUCGACAAUGAUCUGUCCGGCACCGACGCCACGAUUGGCUGCUACUCGGCCCUCUCCCGCAUCUGCGAAAUGGUCGACUACAUCGAGGCCACGGCCGCCUCGCACUCGCGCGCCUUUGUCAUCGAGGUCAUGGGCCGCCACUGUGGCUGGCUGGCGCUACUCGCCGGCGUCGCCACGGGCGCCGACUUUGUCUUUAUCCCGGAGAGGCCGGUCAGCGACUGCUGGCAACAGGAAAUGUGCUCCGUCGUCAAACGGCACCGCAACUUUGGCAAGCGCAAGACCAUUGUCAUUGUGGCCGAGGGCGCCAACGACAAGGAUGGCAACAAGAUCACGCCGGAGCAAAUCAAGAACUUGCUGGCCGAUAAGUCGGAGGGUGGUCUGGCUCUUGAUACACGCAUCACUACGCUGGGCCAUGUGCAGCGCGGCGGCACGGCAGUCGCGUACGACCGCAUGCUCGGCACGCUGCAGGGUGUCGAGGCCGUCAAGGCUGUGCUCGAGGCGACGCCGGAAACCGAAACGUGCUUCAUCGCCAUCAACGAGAACAAGAUUGUGCGCAAGCCGUUGAUGAAGGCUGUUGAGGAAACCAAGUCUGUGGCCAAGGCGGUGGAGGAGAAGCAGUUUGACAAGGCCAUGUCGCUCCGUGACACGGAGUUCUCUGACCAGUACAAAUCCUAUAUCACCACGACCAACGUUAAGACCGACGAGCAUAAGCUCCCUGACAAGGAGCGCAUGAGGAUUGGGUUCAUCAAUGUCGGAGCGCCUGCCGGAGGCAUGAAUGCGGCUGUUCGUGCGGCGGUCGCCUACUGCUUCUCGCGGGGACACACCCCCAUUGCCAUUCAUAACGGGUUUGCCGGGUUUGCGCGUCAUCAUGGUGACAAGCCAGUCGGCGCCGUCCGAGAGUUUGACUGGCUCGAAGUCGACUCGUGGGCGAGCAAGGGUGGCUCCGAGAUUGGCACGAACCGAGAGCUGCCGUCGGAAUCCGGCAUGGACCACAUUGCUGGUCUGAUUGGCAAGUAUGAGUUUGACGCCCUCUUCAUGGUGGGUGGAUUCGAAGCUUUCCAUGCACUUUCACAGCUGCGGAUUGCGCGUGACCAGUUCCCGACACUCCGGAUCCCCAUGGUCUUGCUACCCGCUACUAUCUCGAACAACGUUCCGGGAACUGAAUACUCGCUUGGGUCUGAUACAUGUCUCAACGAACUCGUCCAAUAUUGCGACAAGAUUAAGCAGUCGGCCUCUGCUACUCGGCGCCGUGUCUUUGUCAUUGAGACGCAGGGUGGUCGUUCUGGCUAUAUUGCUACACUCGCUGGUCUGGUAGUGGGGGCCUCGGCCGUUUACAUCCCAGAAGAGGGUAUCAGCCUCGAUAUGCUCAACAUUGACGUGACGCAUCUCAAAAAGGUGUUUGCCGAGGAUACUGGCCAGUCUCGGGCCGGCCGUCUGAUUCUUAUCAACGAAAAGGCUAGCAAUGUCUACGACGCCAAGCUGAUUGCUAGCAUUAUCCGCGACGAGGCGCACGGCCGGUUCGAGAGCCGCGAGAGCAUCCCCGGCCAUGUUCAACAAGGUGGCGUCCCGUCGCCCAUGGACCGGUGCCGGGCGGUGCGGCACGCGAUCAAGUGCAUGGAGCACCUGCAGGGCUACGGCAAAAGGACUUUGGCGGGAAGCACAGAUGCUCUGAGCGCCUCUGUUAUUGGCAUCAAGGGCUCGGAGCUCGUGUUUACGCCGGUGCAGGAGCUGGAGGAGACGGAGACGGACUGGCCGAACCGGCGGCCCAAGCUGUCUGAAUGGCUCAAGAUGCGCGACAUUGUGGACGUCCUGGGUGGUCGACCGCAGCACGCCAGGCCAGAGUCGAACCUCAAGGGCCUGCUGGCAAAGGAUGUCAAGCGCGGACUUGCAUAG